AUGUCAGGUGAUAUGGCCGAGUACACCGCUUGCGAACGCACCCCAAAAUCAGAGCAGACAAAGUACUCUCAGCAGGACAGGCCGCGGGCCUGGUUGGCUCACGAGGCAACAAACCACCGGCUCGAGUGGCACCCGACGAGGAAACCCUCCCCCACAGCCGCCAGCAGCGCACGUGUUGACUCUGUCAGUGUCAUCGAGCGGGCUGUCAAGCAGUCGAGCAGACGAGCAGUCGAGCAGUCGAGCAGUCGAGCAGUCGAGCAGUCGAGCAGCCGUGCGCGGCCCCGCGUGUGA